UUCUACAUCAUCUCGAACGGCAGCGUGUUGCUGGGUAGAUGGGAUUGCCUUUGCCGCAUCACAAAGGCCGCGGAUACGAUUUGUGUGCGCAGAUUGUUAUCGGGUCAGGUCACGGCGAGCGAGAGGCUGACAGCAAAGCGGCGUUGGAAGGGUCGGAAGAUUAAAGAAGGAGAUGGUGGCGAUACAGCUUGGGCUUGCCCCUGCUAGUUACUGCUACCCUUCCAUUCUCUUUCUUCCUCGAUUCCGCUUCUUAAAACGAAGACGGUUUGCUGUUGUUGCCAUGAGCAAUGAUCCUAUCACUGAGUGGAUUCUGUCGGAAGGGAAGGCGACGCAGAUUAAACGGAUUAGCCCCAUUGGAGGUGGCUGCAUAAAUCGUGCUAAUCGUUAUGAAACUGAUGCUGGUCCUUUCUUUGUUAAGACAAACAGGAGCAUUGGACCGUCCAUGUUCGAAGGGGAGGCUCUUGGUCUUGGUGCUAUGUACGAAACUGAAACAAUCCGUGUUCCGAGGCCAUUCAAGGUUGGAGCUCUGCCUACUGGUGGAUCAUACAUAAUCAUGGAAUACAUUGAAUUUGGUGCAGCUAGAUCUAACCAGUCUGAGUUAGGGAGGAAGCUUGCUGAAAUGCAUAAAGCUGGGAAAUCAGCAAAAGGCUUUGGCUUUGACGUGGACAAUACAAUUGGCAGUACUCCACAGAUAAACACAUGGACUUCGGAUUGGAUCGAGUUCUACGGAGAGCACAGAUUGGGAUAUCAACUGAAGUUGGCAUCAGAUCAGUAUGGUGAUUCAACCAUAUAUCAGAAAGGGCAAAGACUGGUGAAGAACAUGGCAGCCCUGUUUGAGAACAUUGUGAUAGAGCCAUGCCUGCUUCAUGGAGACUUGUGGAGUGGGAACAUCAGUUCAGACAAGAGCGGGGAGCCAGUUAUACUUGACCCUGCAUGCUAUUACGGACAUAGUGAAGCAGAAUUUGGGAUGUCAUGGUGUGCGGGUUUCGGAGGGGCAUUCUACAACGCUUACUUUGAGGUGACGCCGAAGCAAGCAGGGUUUGAGAAAAGGAGGGAUUUGUACAUGCUCUACCAUUACCUGAAUCAUUAUAAUCUCUUUGGUUCUGGAUACCGCUCCUCUGCCAUGUCCAUCAUAGAUGACUACCUCCGCUUGCUAAAUGUAUAGGCACAAAGAAACAAUCCUCCAUUGGGUCUAGUUUUCUGAACCAGAGAUGUAAAGCUGUUUCGGUGUAUAAUAACAAAACCCAGCUCUCUGGUCUCAUGGUGAAUUUUAUUAAAGAGAAAAGGUCUGAGAAGUAGGAAGCAAUAGAGGAAGAAAACAGAGCAUUGACCAGAGCAGGUGAUCGACUGUAUCCUCUUCUUUCCCGCAUAAUUCGCAUAUAUUAGCAAGAUGCAAACCUCUCUUCUUAAGGUUGCGUGAGAAUUUUCUUGAGUGAAGUGAGCCAAAUGAAAGUACAUACUUCAGUGGGGAUGGUGUGCCUCCACAUUGAACCGGCAGGAAAGUCGUUGAUUCCUGAAAAUUUGUCUUUCGUGAUAGCCCUGUACAUACAACGAACCGAAAAUGGAUGAUCCAUGUUAGGUAGCUAAUUUGGGCUCAAAUGUACACAUUUUACUUCUCAUUUCUUAUUCGAUAUUUUUAGUAGAUCACCGUUCCUCGACCUAUUUUACUCUAGGUUGUGCUUGUUUUGUUACAUUUCAAGUCCUAGCACGUGUGGGAAGGUCUGAGAGGAGUUUCAAGUCAUUCGGAGGUUAAAAUGAGCCAAAAAGUGGAGUUUGAGCCCUGUUCACGGGCUGGAGCUUCAGUUCACGGUCGCUAAGACUGUGAAGUGGAAGCCCAAACCGUGAAGUGACAAAUUUCCAGCACGGUUCUACAAAUUACUAGCAUCAAGUAAGUUCACGAUCUCUAAGACCGUGAACUGGCCAACGCAGCGGUGAACUGGGAACUUUCGACCAAAUAUGAAGACAAUAACGGAGAGAAAAAUGGGAUAUUAUAUUUAGAACGAGACAAGUUGUACACUUUUUAUCCUCGUUUCUCUUGGAGGUUUGUUGCAAUUGAGCUCCAAAAAGGGGUGGUUUUACGCUAGGUUUCGUGUGUUUCAGAUUCUAAUAGGUGAAACCAACCCCAGAAUAAAAAGGUUUCUAGACA